UGGAUUCUGAACUUUGUUCUAUUUGAAUUUGGAUGGAUAAUUGUGAUGGUGCAGGCGUAGAAUAUAUUAUAUCGGAUCGAAUCUUUGAAACUCUUCCAUCCGAGGAACAGAAGCUCUGGCACACUCAUGAGUACGAGAUUAUAUCAGGCCUUUGGGUGAACCCAGGAGUUCCAGAAAUGGUGCAAAAGCCCGAACUUGAGAAUCUUGCUCGUACUUAUGGCAAGUUUUGGUGCACCUGGCAAGUUGAUAGAGGUGAUAGGGUUCCACUUGGAGCACCUGCGUUGAUGAUGUCUCCACAAGGUGUGAACCUAGGGAUGGUGGCACCAGAGCUAGUGAAGAAAAGAGACGAAAGAUAUGGUAUUUCUUCACAGGAACUGGAAAAGACAAGAAUGGAUAUUGCUGGGCCAGAG